UGGGCGGCUCUGUAACACUCAUUGACUUAGCUAGAAUUACACAGCAGUGCUCUGAGACAAGGGAAAAGGAUCGCUAUUGUCCUAGAAAAAAGGGAGAGCCCGAACAGUCAGAGGAUACGUUUUGCCCUGCAGAUACCUUUCAUCUGAUACAGAUUAUUAGUGUAAGCAAAAUGUCAGAAACGCCUCAGAAGAAGAUGGUUUCCUCGAUUUACAUCACACUCGCUACACCUGCGAGAGCUACUGCUCCCGCUAAGGAGGUUGCAACAAAAAUUGAACAGGAUAAAUCCACCACAAUGAAGCAAACAGAGAUGUCUACACUAAACAGAAAAGAGGCCAGCCCUUUAAAUCAAGAGUACCAGAAUCUCUCUGACCAGAAGUAUCUGCAAGACAGUAGGAAGGAAACUAACACAGUGUUCCCACCAGCAGAUUCUACCCUUUUGAAUGGAGAUUUUCUUCCUCCACCGCUACCUCCACCUCCUUCAUUUGACAACACAUCCAAGACGUCUGACCUCGGUCUGCUUCCUCCUCCUCCUCCUCCUGUGCUGUCAGCAGCAGCUCUAGCAGUGACGACUAACAGUUCAGCAAAACCAGACACCUCUAAUUCACAGAUACAUCAUUCGCUAGCACCAACCCUAUCUCUCCAGAAAACCAACCCGACUCCAGUAGGACUCAGAACUCAACAACUUCCAUCUACUUCAGUCAAACAAGAAGAUGUCAGUCAAUCACAGAUUCCAAACCAGAGUGUCCCAAAACAACCCAAUAUUCUUCUGGAGCAGGCGACAGUGCAUUCCAAAGGUUUAAGGAGCAGCUGUGUAUCAAACAGCCAGGCCUCUAUGAUGGAGAAAGACUCUUGGGAUAUCUGUGGAUUUUGCCAUAAAACCAUUGCACUCAGCUGCCAAGCAAUAGAAGCCAUGAAUAAACUGUACCAUACGGACUGCUUCACAUGUCGGCUAUGUCAUAUACCGCUGGCUGGGCUGCUCUAUUACAGCCAGAAUGGAAGGCCUAUGUGCGACCCAUGUUAUAAGGAUACAUUGGAAAAAUGUGCAAAAUGUGAAGCAGUGAUUGAAAAGCAUAUUGUACGUGCAAUGGGCCAGGCGUAUCAUCCAGAAUGCUUCACUUGCGUUGUGUGCCACAAGCAUAUCAAAGACGAGCAGUUUGCGCUGAAUGACCAGAAUGAGGCUGUGUGUGCUGAAGACUUUUAUCGGGCCUAUGCUCCAGUGUGCUGUGUUUGCCAAGAGCCCAUCAUCCCAAAGAAUGAUGCAGACACGUACACUAUAGAAUGCUUAGGACAGACAUUCCAUGAAAGCUGCUACAGAUGUGAGAAAUGUGGAGUUUUCCUUUCUCCUGAACCUACAGAAAAAGGUUGUUAUCCACUGAAGAAUCACAUUUUGUGUAAGUCGUGCAACAUGGUACUGCGCAUGGAGUCAGUCUGCUAAACCAUUUGUGACUUAAGAAAAGCUUCAAUGUAUCGUGCUGCAAUAGGAGGAGCAGCUUUCAUACCAUUUAAUUUAGGACUUUUAAUGUUUCUUUUUAAAGUGCAUUUGUUACUUUCUAAUCCCACAUGAUUGCUCUUAUCUUAAAUUACCAGAAUAGCCAUCAUAUCUGCAUAUCAUUCUGGAGAUACACUACACCCUUACAUUUGUUAUAUGUGUCAGUAAUAUCAUGACCUCACAGUACAUGUUUUUAGUAGACAAUGAGUACAAUAAAGCUGGAAGUGUAUUUGCUAAUAAAUCAA